AUGUCGGCUCGUCCUCAGAACGUCGGAAUCAAGGCCAUCGAGAUCUACUUUCCCCGAAGGUGCAUCUCGGAAGAUGAGCUCGAGGACUUUGACGGUGUAGCCAAGGGCAAGUACACUAUCGGCUUCGGCCAGAAGUACAUGGCCUGUACCGACGACCGAGAGGAUAUCAAUUCGUUUGCUCUAUCUGUCGUAUCGGGCCUGCUCGAAAAGAACAACAUUGACCCCCGUAGCAUUGGCCGUCUCGAUGUCGGUACCGAGACCAUCAUCGACAAGUCCAAGUCGGUCAAGACCGUCCUCAUGGACCUCUUCGCCCCGUCUGGAAACAUGAACAUCGAGGGAAUCGACAGCAAGAACGCCUGCUACGGCGGUACCGCCGCUCUCUUUAACGCCAUCAAUUGGGUCGAGAGCAGCUCGUGGGAUGGCCGUGACGCCAUUGUCGUUGCUGGUGACAUUGCCAUCUACGCCGAGGGUUCUGCACGACCUGUCGGUGGUGCUGGUUCGGUUGCCAUGCUCAUCGGUCCCGACGCUCCGCUCGUGUUCGAACCCGCCCACGGAACCCACAUGAGCAACUACUGGGACUUUUACAAGCCCAACCUCUCGUCCGAAUACCCCGAGGUUGACGGUCCCGAGACUAUCCAGACAUACCUUGGCUGCCUCGACAAAGCCUACGACGCCUAUCGCCUGCGUGCUGCCAAGCUCAAGAGCGGUGCCGCCAACGGCCAUUCGGAUGCCUCGAGCCUUGCCUCCAUCAAGGUAGACGACUUUGACUACACUCUCUUCCACAGCCCUUACUCGAAACUCGUUCAGAAGGGUUUCGGCCGUUUGCUUUACAACGACUUCUUCUCGGACCCCAAGAACGAGAAGUACGCCUCGAUUCCUGCUAACUUUGCCGAGCUCGACCGCAAAUCGACCAUCACCAACAAGGACGUCGAGAAAGCCUUUGCCGCUUUCGGCAAGGAAGCUCAGCAGACCAAGCUCGAGCCCGGGAUGAACACCGUGCGACGAUGUGGCAACAUGUACACUGCCUCGCUCUAUGGCGGUCUUGUCUCAUUGCUGUCCAACAUCCCCUCGCAAGAGAUCCAGGGCAAGCGCAUCCUCCUUUACUCGUUCGGCUCUGGCGCUGCCGCAUCUAUGUUUGCCAUCCGCAUCAACGGCUCGACCGAGCAGAUUGUCAAGGCUGUUGACCUCAAGAACCGUCUUGACAGCAUGAAGGUUGUUCCUUGCCAGACCUACGUCGAGGCACUCAAGACCCGUGAGGCCACCCACAACGCCGUCAACCACAAGCCCGUCGGCCAGCUCGAGAACCUGUGGCCUGGUGCAUACUACCUCGAGAACGUCGACCACAUGUAUCGCAGGACAUACGGGCGCAUUCCCACCAACGCCAACUAA